GUAGGAGGUCACCAUUCACGAUGCUAUGAAUUGAUGAUUGUUCCCUACUCCAUACUUCCUAUGAUAGCAAUGUAGCAUGUAGACUCCUACGCCUACUCCGUAGGCAAGUGACAAGCAGCCUGACUAAGCGCGGAUUGUGAUUGCACUUGACCAUCCAUCAAUCACCAGGGCUCCUUCCCAAGUCAUCUUUCCUUCCCCCCCUCCAACUCCAACGAGCGAAAAGCUCCGCCUCCCCCUUUCCUUCUUUUUGCCUGGUCCCCACCACCUUUGCCAUUUUCAUUAUUAUUAUUCUCGCCAUUAUUCAUGCUUUGAGUUUCUUGUUUGUGCCCCCCCUCCCCUUCAGCGCUGCUCUGUUCCCGGGACCGUUGGCGACCAUGGGGCUGCGACCCUGAUUGGGUUAAGUCGUGGUUGACGGGCCUCUCAGCGGUCGAGAUCGAGUAGGAAUUAUGUCCGAUUAUCCUCGACUGCCCACUCGAGGCAGCUCUUCCUCGCCGACUCCCCCUCCCCCUCCCCCCCCGGCUCCCGUGCAACAGGGUCACAAGUAUUCCAACCGCGCCGCCAGCGCCCUGGCAAGAUUUGCCCAGCCGUUCUUUUCGGGGUCGAGACCUCCCAGUCCGCAAACUCCAGGGGGACGUGCAGACCUCGCUGCCGGUCCCCGCCUUACUAGGUCCAAGUCUUUACCCGGCACAUCCCAGACGGUUACCCACAAGACGGGUAUACCAAUUGCGGCAUUGGACAUUUCUCCCCAACGGACACAUGCAGUAAUCGGAGGCAAAGAAAUCCUCAAAACCAUUCGCGUUUCACCUGAUCAUCUGUCCGAGGAAUUCAAUCUCCGCAAUGCCAUCAUCAGUUACUCCUCCACCCACCAUGUGGGGAGUGGUCUCUCUGCGCGACACAAGGACCAGCUGACGGUGAGAGACGUGAAGUGGUCACAUGGUACCUAUGACCAGAUCAUCGCCACGGCCGUGGCCAACGGCCGCAUUGUGCUCUACGAUCUACACCGGACCGGCCUUGAAUAUUGCCGGUUUCAGGGGCACAAUCGCCAGGUCCACCGAUUGGCUUUCAACCCGCAUAGACCGCAUCUGUUGUUAUCCGGCAGCCAGGAUUCUUCCAUCCGGAUGUGGGACCUGCGCGUACCCUCGAUAGAGCGGGGUGCCUCGGUCUGUGGCAGCAAGGAGCAUUUCAACGGAAAUAGCGAUGCCAUCCGGGACAUACGGUGGUCGCCUAGUGACGCGUCCAUGUUUGCAACCGCUACGGACAGCGGCGCCAUCCAACUGUGGGACAUUCGGAAAACGAAUGCACCGGCCAUGAGAAUCACAGCCCAUGACAGACCCUGUUUCUCGGUGGACUGGCACCCCGAUGGAAAGCACAUCAUUAGUGGCGGCACGGACAGGCAGGUCAAGGUGUGGGACUUCUCGUCUUCGGCGGAGCGUAGACAGAAGCCGACUUUUCAAUUUCGGACCCCGCAAGCAGUCCUAAACGUACGGUGGCGCCCGCCAUCCUGGGCUCGGGAGCCGGAAAGCACCGGGGAUUGGCAGUCUACCCAGGUGGUGACUUCCUAUGACAAAGAAGAUCCGCGUAUUCACCUGUGGGAUCUUCGUCGGCCGCACAUACCCUUCCGCGAAUUUGAUAGAUAUGACUCACAUGCCACCGACUUGCUGUGGCAUUCGAAAGACCUGCUGUGGACGGCCGGCGAGUCCGGUGCAUUUACCCAGACCGACGUGCGUUACGCACCUCAGGUGGUCAAUCAACGACCAACGUGUGCCGUGGCGUGGAGUCCUACCGGUGACGUACUUGCAUUCGUCCAGAAGCGCCCCAGGAGAAGCACACUGGGUCUCAGCACCACCGAAUUCGUAGGCCAUAAAGAGGAGGAGAGUAACGGCGGUGAGGUGCUUAGUCAAAGCCCUGUCGACGACCUUCUCGAUGAACCUUCUUUCGCCUCGAUUCGUCACCGACAUACCAAGUCGACGAGCAGUGCUCGACCGUCAAAAUCAUUGGGUGGAACCCCGCCCGGUACAUCGGAUUUCAAACAGGUCCUCCCGCUUGAGCACGUGCUGGCAAAGAUCAAGCCUCCUGGUCCGUAUCAGCAGGGCAUGACCGGAAACAUCCCAGGUGCUACAAUGAGCCAGGAAGUCUUCCGGCACCUGGCUCGUCAUUAUUCCCCACUGCUCGGGGAUUUCGAUGGCAUGCUUCCGGAUAGCUUCCGCGGUUUCCUGGAGUCACUGACUCGCAACGCGCAGUCCGCACAAGAUGCCUCGUUGAUAAAGUUGGCUCAAACAUGGCGCAUCAUCCAAUUUGCCGCUAUCCAAGAGCUUGAACUUCAAGCCAGAGAGCGGCAACAGGCCCCCGAGAAAGGCUCCCGCAAGGUCAAAAAGAAGCUGUCUGACGAAGGGCCUGUUGCGGAAAAAACACGAGGCUUAGAAGACGGGAGACAGGAUAAAAUGAAAACACGCUUUUUCAAGGGGGUGUUGGAACCCGGAGCGUCCAAGAAGCAGCUGAGAGACGCCGAGAGCGCGUCAAAUAUGACUACUCCUCUGGCGCAACCUCUGCCCGACUCUCCCGUCGGGUCUUCUGACAGCUCUGCUUCCCACAUGACAUCCUUGAAUGAUUUCUCGAACAUUCAACCGCUGCCGCCCUCCGUCUUGAGCUCUAACACCGAUACGAUGAAUUCCAACGAUUGGUCUUCCGUUUCUGACGCCGAGCCUCGCCCCAUCGCUCAGCUACAGCAUCGCCAUUCAUCAGGCGAAAGUCCGCAUUCUCGGGCAAUGCUCGGCUCGCUGCCCCAAGUCCCCGAAAAUGACCAGAGGUCUGCACCGCGAGCAAUUGCUGGGAGAACAGACUGGCGCACGCAGAACCAUCCCGACUAUACGAAGGGAACUUCGGAGGAGGAUGAAUAUGACCAGAAGAUGGAAGAUAAGAGGGCGGCUAUCCGAGACUAUAAGUCGGUUCCAAAGAAAGUUCUAUCCCUCGAGUCUCCUGUAGAGACCACAAAGCCCCCAGCCUUUCAUCGUCACGAAUCUACCGAGAGCUUCCCGAUGUUUUCUGCAUCUACAGGAAGCUCACAUCCCUCUAAAUCAUUGGGCAUGUCGUUCUCCUCAGCGAGGCUGUACGGUGUAUCAGAAAACGUUACUGAUCCUGUGGAUGAGCUUGAGGACGAAACACCUAGUAAAAGUCUAUCCAAGUCAAUGCUGGGCUCUGGCGCCGCUCAGAAAGAGGAUCUAGUUGAAGAUGAACCCUUUGAAGAAGAACUUGCAGAUUCUGGUCACAUCCAUCUCGAACGACCUUCUAGUCCCCCUAUUCUAUUGAAGGAAUCCACCCCUCUAAAAUCACCCGACCAAGAAUUUGAGACCGAUUUUUUCCCUGUGCCAUGGACCGCACCUGGUGAAGGGGAUGACUUCGAUGGACCUAUAAUCCCCAUCAGUCCGGACGGAACAGACGUCAAGCCUUGGAGUGCCGAGGCUCUACUGAAGCAAGCAACCAGGCACUACCAUAGUGGUGCCCAUGUUGAUGUCCAGACCGCUGCUCAUUUGCUCCAGAAAUUACGCAUCCUCUUCCGGGACCACGAGAAGAUUAUUCCAAGCGAGGAGUGCGAGCUUGUCUACCAGGCUUAUAACGAGCAACUUGUCCGCCAGUCGAUGCCUAUUGAAGCGGCCGAACUUCGACUUCUUUGCGCGCCGUGCUAUCCGGCGGUCUAUGAAUAUGCCCAGGUCGACACUUACAUGAAUGUGUUUUGUUUUACGUGCAAACGGCCGUAUGAGAAUCCCAAAAACGACAAUCGUCGCUGUUACCGUUGCAGCACCCCCCAGGAACCCUGUACAAUUUGCAUGAGCAUUGAUCCGCCCCCAGAAUGGGUGGCUGAACAAACCGCAUCCCCGUCGCCCUCCAGUCCUGAGUGGGAGUCCGAGGCUCCUUCCCACCUUCUAUCGUCACAUUCUUCACUCCGGACUGAACCGAUCCCACCGUCGGAAUUGCAGCACAUUCAAGAGAAUCUUUUGAAUCCUUCUAGCCCUCCUCGACCAAAGGGAUCUACCCUCUGGACCUGGUGUCAAGGCUGCGGCCACGGAGGUCACAUGGCUUGCAUCGGCACAUGGCUGAAUGAUAUCGCUGCCAGUGAAGGCGGAUGUGCCACUCCAGGCUGCAUGCACGACUGCGGUCCCGGCCCACGCCGAGAACACAAUCGGACGGUCUUACUCGAGGAGUCUAAGAAGCGUGACACCGUCAGCAAGAAAUCUGGGUUCGGGUUUGUGAAGCGAGAUGCUUGGUCACGGGGUGAAAGUAAAGCGGUCGAAAAAGUUCGGGGCAUGCUCAGCGUUGGCACAUCGGGUGGAACAAAUGCGUCGCCCACGAGCAAUGCAGGACCUAGCGCGACUUCCUCGAAUUUGAUGUCGCCCAAAAAGGUACGACUGGUCACCCCUAGCGAGCAGGGGAAGCGGCGAAGCGCCGCCUCUCGUGCGAGUACGGGGGGUAGCAGUGGUUUGACCGGCUGAUCUUGAUCUUGACGUCCUAUUUAUUUGUCAUUGGCGGUAAAUGCGAUCUUUUCUUUUCUCUUCUUUGCUUUAGGCAUCAGCUUCGAAUAUACCCAUGUAUUUCUAGUCUCAUAAUGUGUUAUAUGAUCUUAUUGCCUUGACUUAUGGACCGAGUAGAACUCACGGGACAUUGUCAAUUGUGUGCAUUUACAUCGACUUUCUCUUAUUGACUAAACACCAUAGGAGGCCGGAUUGUGCCAAAUGGUUUCCACACUAAGCCUACACAGACGAGUCGAGGCUAUUUAUAACCUAGC